CUCUCUGCGCAACCCAUCACCACCCCAUGUCUUCUUAUAACUUGUCACUUUUGAAUCACUCUUCUUAGUCAGACCCUAAUCCAUUCCCUCCCCUUAAAUCUUGAGAAACUAUUUCCCAUAAUUUAUUUAUUGAAUGAAUGAAUAAUCGAUCGAUCGAUCGAUCGAUCUUGCACGCGACUAAUUGACAUGGCAUUCCCUCCUCAUCAUCAUGGUUUCAUCUUCCAUUCUCAAGAAGACAAUGGCCACCUUCCCUCUCCUUCCUCUCUCAACUCCCUCCCCUCUUCGUGUCCUCCUCAGCUCUUCCCAGGUGCUGGGGGACAUUUCAUGAUGAGGAGAUCGAUGUCCUUUUCUGGGCUGGAAAAGUGUGAAGAAGUGCAUGGAGAUGAUGACUUGUCUGAUGAUGGAUCACAAAUAGGAGAGAAGAAGAAGAGGCUCAACUUGGAGCAGGUUAAGGCACUUGAGAAAAGCUUUGAGAUGGGGAAAAAGCUUGAGCCUGAGAGGAAAAUGCAGUUGGCCAAGGCUUUAGGACUCCGUCCAAGGCAGAUAGCUGUAUGGUUUCAGAACAGGAGGGCUAGGUGGAAGACUAAACAGUUGGAGAAAGACUAUGAAGUCUUGAAGAAACAGUUUGAUUCACUUAAAGCUGACAAUGAUGCCCUUCAUGCCCAGAAUAAGAAACUUCAUGCAGAGUUAAUGUCUCUAAGAAGUACAGAGUCAAACUGUAUUGAAGUUAACCCCAAGAAAGAAACAGAUAAGGGUUGUUGGAGCAAUGCAAGUGAGAACAGUCGUGAUGCUAAUUUAGAUAUCUCAAGAACUCCAGUAGCAACCAGCCCAAUCUCUAAUUCCCAACUAAGCACUAAGCAGUUCUUCUCCACAUCCAUCAGGCCUACAAGUAUGACUCAACUGCUCCAAAUCUCAUCAUCAAGACCAGACCUUGGCCUGAAAGUUGAUCAAUUGGUUCAAGAAGAAAAUUUCUGCAACAUGUUCAAUGGCAUGGAAGAGCAGCAAGGAUUUUGGUCAUGGCAAGAGCAGCAUGCACCAUUUUCACUGAACCAAACCCAAUUCUCCAAUAAUUAACACCCAUCAAUUAUGGUUUAGCUAUGCUUAAGUGAGAUUAAUUAAUUAAGAAGAAAUUUAAUUAGGAUUUUUUUCCCCUACCAAUUUCAGUUCUUUCUGUUCCUUUUUUGGGUUAAGUGUAGAGAAUGGUGUAUAAAGAAGAGAAGCGAACAAAUUUGAUUAUCAUCACAAUGGCCCCAAAGUCAGUGAGGGGGAAUUUGGUAGGUCUGAAUGAAUGGAACAAUUUCAUCCCCA